AUGAGUCUAUGGCUGAACAGAUUCACUGAUCAUGCCUCAUCGCGGGAGUCCACUCCGCCUCCAGCACCGACUAGGCUCUCCUCGCCUGCUCCACGACGUGCCCUUCAGCGGGGGCCCAGCACGAGUCUCCCUCGACGACCGGCCAUACAGCCCAGAACUUCCUCACUCUCGGUUUCAUCGCUUGCGGGGUCAACAGAUAGCCUGCCAGCGACAGCGAGAAUACCCAAUGGCACGAGCCUGAGUGGCCAGUUGGCUGCUUCGCCUGCUGCGGAUCUGCCCGACCCUCUACAUGUCCUCGCCAGCAUACUGGGAGCGGCACAGUCGCAUGAGACGACCGAGGGCAAAGGAGACGAUGAGACCAUAGUCGAUGAAAUUGAGUUUGGCGGCUUGAGUCUGGAAGAUUUUGUCAAUGCGCCAGAGGAAGUGAUGUCGGAGCCUGAGAUGGGUGAUGAGGACAGUCCUACUGUACAAGACUUUGAAAGGGAAAAAGAUAAAUUUGAAGAUCUCCACAAAUCCAUCUUAGCCUGCGACGAAGUUCUGAAGUCCGUCGAAUCGUACCUGACUAGCUUUCAGGCCGAAUUGGCAUCUGUAUCUGCUGAAAUUGAGACACUACAGAACCGAUCCACGACAUUGAACAACAAGCUUGAGAGCAGGAAGGCAGUGGAGAAAGUGCUAGGUCCCGAAGUUGAAGCCUUUAGCAUACCUCCUGGGGUCGUUCGGCAGAUUACAGAGGGUGCUGUCGAUGACCAAUGGAUCAAAUCACUACAGGAACUUGAGAGACGAUCAAAGGCCAUUGAUGCCAAAGUGAAAGAGGGCAAACACAUCAAGGCCGCGCAGGACAUCAAGCCCUUCAUCAACGACUUGUCCUUGAAGGCUGUACAGCGUAUAAGAGACUACGUUGUGACCCAGAUCAAAGCACUUCGUUCGCCCAGUAUCAACGCUCAGGUCAUACAGCGGAACAGCUUUGUAAAGUACAAGGACGUCUUUGCCUUCUUGACGCGACAACAACCUCAGCUGGCCGAAGAGAUUUCUCAGGCGUACAUCAACACCAUGCGCUGGUACUAUCUACAAAACUUCACACGUUACAAGACUUCGCUGGACAAGCUGAAUUUGCACGUCAUCGACCAGACCGAGGCCAUUGCGGCAGAUGGUGGAGGGCGACGCGGCGUGAAGGGAGCGGCACCGCAUGAUGCCUUUUCACUGGGUCGCCGAAAGGAUAUACUGCGCGACACCAACGAUACUGCCCUGCCAUCAUUUGCUGCAGAAGAUGACAAAGGCACGCACUACUUGGAAGUGCCAUUCCGCGCACUGAAUCUGGCGUUGAUCGACAAUGCUUGUGCAGAGUAUUCUUUCUUGACCGAGUUCUUCCACGGACAUUCGUAUCACGCGAACAAUCGCAAAUUCAAUGAGAUAUUCCAGCCGACUUUCGAGCUCGGCCAGGCUUUAACAAAGCAGCUCGUGGACGCCUCGUUCGAUGCUCUUGGGGUGCUGACUUGCGUUCGCCUCUCACAACACUUGGCUUUCGAGCUGCAACGCCGCAAGGUACCAGUCGCAGAAGGUUACAUCAAUGGCACGAACAUGUUGCUAUGGCCCCGAUUUCAGCAAAUCAUUGACCAUCACUGCGAAUCGAUACGCAAGACAACAUCAUCCUUGUCCGGAAAGCCCGCGGGUUCUGCGCUCAGUCUGACCACAUCCGCCGCGACAGCUCAGACUACAGCCCCACACCCGCUCACGCAACGCGUUGCGAAUUUCUUACAGGGUAUACUGGCACUCAGUGGCGAGGCUGGAGACGACGAACCUGUGUCAAACAGUCUGGUUAGGCUGCGCAAAGAGUACGAAGCCUUCUUGAUCAAACUCAGCAAAAGCAUUGCAGAGGCGAGGAAGCGCGAGAGGUUCCUGUACAACAACUACUCGCUCGUAUGCACAAUCAUUGGCGAUACGGAAGGAAAGCUUGCGGAGGACAUGCAUGAGUAUUUCGUGGAUCUUCGAGAUGCACUGGGCAUAGAUUCGUAGGCUCCUCAUAAUUUGUAUUAAAUCUAUUCAAGGACGGUUAUCCGUUAUGCAGUCUCGGUAGAUAUUUGAAGC